AUGUCACAUUUUCAUUUUGACGGCACCCCUGCGGCCUAUGCUUAUAGCCCAGGGUUCGGAGAUGGAUACGACAACUGGCACGUAUACCUACAGGGUGGUGCAUGGUGUUGGAAUGUAACUGAAUGCCUCGACAGAUCCAAUUCAACUCCAGGAAGUAGUGCUAAGCUUAUGUCUUCGGCGCAUGGUGUCGUAUCCUUUGGAGGGAUGCUUGAAGCCAAUUCCAGCUUUAAUCCUGAUUUCUACAAUUGGCAUGUGGUCAAAAUCUUCUAUUGUGACGGCUCAUCUUUCAUGUCCGAUGUUGAGGAUGUAGACCCGAAGCACAACCUGACGUAUAGAGGUGCAAGAAUCUAUGAUGCCGUGAUGGACGAGCUGCUACGAAUUGGCAUGAGAAAUGCUACAAAUGCACUUCGGCAGGUGGAUUAG